AUGGUUAAAAAUGGGAACACUUCGACUACCCGGCGCACAGGGCAGCUGAAUCAAGUGCACCUACCGACUCAAGACCGCCCAGCCACUCUCUUGUCUACGUCCCCUCCACUCCAGCCCAUCCCAACCCAGACCAUCCCCAGCUCCAACCCAGACCAUCCCCAGCUCCAACCCAGACCAUCCCCAGCUCCAACCCAGACCAUCCCCAGCUCCAACCCAGACCAUCCCCAGCUCCAACCCAGACCAUCCCCAACCCAGACCAUCCCCAACCCAGACCAUCCCCAGCCCCAACCCAGACCAUCCCCAGCCCUAACCCAGACCAUCCCCAGCCCCAACCCAGACCAUCCCCAGCCCCAACCCAGACCAUCCCCAGCCCCAACCCAGACCAUCCCCAGCCCCAACCCAGACCAUCCCCAGCUCCAACCCAGACCAUCCCCAGCUCCAACCCAGACCAUCCCCAGCUCCAACCCAGACCAUCCCCAACCCAGACCAUCCCCAACCCAGACCAUCCCCAGCCCCAACCCAGACCAUCCCCAACCCAGACCAUCCCCAGCCCCAACCCAGACCAUCCCCAGCCCCAACCCAGACCAUCCCCAGCCCCAACCCAGACCAUCCCCAGCCCCAACCCAGACCAUCCCCAGCUCCAACCCAGACCAUCCCCAGCUCCAACCCAGACCAUCCCCAGCUCCAACCCAGACCAUCCCCAACCCAGACCAGCCCCAACCCAGACCAUCCCCAGCCCCAACCCAGACCAUCCCCAGCCCCAACCCAGACCAGGCCCCCUCUUUUACGCUUAUGCUACUCUGUUAA